AUGAACCCCUGUCAGCACUCAAGCAAAAAGGAUGUGCAGCAGCGCGCAGGGGUGAAGCUGCGAUCGCUAGCGGCUGUACAAUCCUCAAUCGGGGCAACUCUUAAGAACUCCAUGAUUACGCUUAUGGUGAUGACACCCAAGCAAUGUCAGCGGUUUGGAGGAUUCAACCUAAAAGUCACUGUGCCACAGUCCUACAUACCGUGCCACAGUCACGUGACUGUCCAUUACGGAGCAACACUCAUUGUUGAGCAGAGCCCCACAAUGCUCACUGAUGAGCACGAGGACCAAUCAGGAUACAGGAAGAUGGCCAAUCAGGAUGUGCUCAACUACCCGGUGGAACGAAAGUAUUCAUAG